GACGUCACCGCAACGCUGCCUGCCAACACUUCACAAUUCAAUAGUCACUUUUAGACACUGUCGACAUAUAAGAAGAUAUUUUAUAAUUUUACCCAUUUUAUACAUCUAUAAGGUUUGCUUUCGAGGGAACCCCUCACGUUUAAAUAACGCGAAAACAUCUCUGGCCGUCUUGUUUAAGAAGAAAGUGCAACCAAACAACAUGGACUCAAUUGAAGACUUGGAAGUUUUUCUCAAGAAUGUCGACGAUAUAAGCAAUCUUGUGAAGGAUCUAAACUCAUCUGAUGUUAGAGUGCAGCAGAGAGCCAUCGAGGAAGCGGAUUGCCACAUUGCAGCAGUGAAUGGAUCCUGCAGGACAAAAGUCAACAAGACCACAAUUAACAUUGACGCACGUCCGAAGGCACCACUGAAUUCACAGACAGAAAGUGCAGAGAAUUUCAUGAAGCUUAUUGAGAGAGAUGUGCAAGACAGGAAGAAGAGGAGAAUCGCUCAAGAGAAAAAGGCCACUGCGUUAAAGGACAAAGGGAAUCAUGCCUAUGCCCAAGGAGCGUAUGAGACUGCUGUGAAUUAUUACAGUGAAGGCUUGGCCGAGCUACGCGACAUGCAGCAGUUGUAUACCAACAGGGCGCAAGCUUACAUCAAGCUGCAAAAAUACCAUGAGGCCAUCAGUGAUUGUGAAUGGGCCCUGAAGUGUAAUGAGAAAUGCACAAAAUCUUACCUCCACAUGGGGAAAGCAUAUCUGGCACUGAAGAAAUAUAAUGACAGCAGAACGUGCUUUGAAAAGAUGUCCCUACUUGAACCACGGAUGGAGAAGCUGGCGAAAGAAUAUCUUACCAAGGUGGAGCUGGAUGAGAGAAAGGAGAGUCAGGAAAUGAACGCGAGACAAGACUUUGACAACGGAGUGGAGAAGGCCAAGCUGAUCCCUCAACUUCUGGAGAAGCUGUCAACGCCUGGCCAGAUGCUGCUCUACUACUGCGGAGUACUGGAGAUUCUGUGCCAAGCAGUGAAUGACUGCACUGGCCAGACGCUUUUCAGGCUGCACAAUGGUUUCAGCACCAUCGACAGCAAUGACGCUGUGAGCAGGUAAGAAGACCGCAGGGACAGCUGGGUUGUCAGCUCUCAGCGGAGCUUUUUGACAGACGGAUAGGCACACAUGUACAGUAGACAAUGAUGGCCCAAAGUACUGAGAGCUCUCCCCGGCUUGACUGCGCUUUUGUUGCGUGAAAAGAGGACACAAUUGUUAUCAGGCGAUAAGAAUAAGUGAAGGAUCAGAGUCUUUUUUUUUUUCCUCUCCCAGAACUGCUGGGACGUUGGAUGUCACAUCAACAAGGUUAUAAUUAACUUCUCGCAUCCUCAAUCUUUGUUAGCGCUGACAUUAUCAAAGU